UUGUGGGAAGGCAUGGCACGGUGAAAGCAUAAAGUAUGGCGGAUGGGGAAGAGCCGGAGAAGAAAAGAAGGAGAAUAGAGGAGCUGACUGAGAAGUUAGUGAUGAAAUGCUAAGCGCUGGCUGCAGGUUUGAGUAUUCACAGCAUAGGGAGUGUGAAAAUUCAUCCUUUCUCAUCCGAACCGAGACUAUCCACUUGAUAAAAAGUACAGAACACAGAUUGGAGCGGCUCAAAACGCGAGGAAGAAAGAAACAGAGGAAGGAUUUUUCUAUUUGGACUUCAUUAAUGGCAGUGGAUGUCGGCAGCAGUGGUGAUUGGGAUGGGCGAUGGAGUCACGUGCAGAAGUUUCUGGAGAGAUCUGGCCCCUUUACGCAUCCUGAUUUUGAAGCAAGUGAUGAGACUCUCCAGUUUUUAUUGGAAACAUGCAAGAUUCUAGUGAUCGGAGCAGGAGGUCUUGGCUGUGAGCUGCUAAAGAACCUGGCACUGUCAGGUUUUCGCCAGAUCCACGUCGUAGACAUGGACACCAUUGAUGUGUCCAAUCUGAACAGACAGUUCCUUUUCAGGUCUAAAGACGUAGGUCGGCCCAAGGCUGAGGUGGCAGCUGACUUUGUGAACAGUCGAGUUCCUGGAUGUCACGUUGUACCUCACUUCAAAAAAAUUCAAGAUUUUGAUGAAUCCUUUUACAGACAAUUCCACAUUAUCGUGUGUGGGUUGGACUCCAUCAUUGCUCGCCGCUGGAUGAAUGGGAUGCUGUUGUCCCUGCUCGUGUAUGAAGAUGGGGUUUUGGAUCCUAGCUCCAUCAUCCCCCUGAUAGAUGGAGGUACAGAAGGUUUUAAGGGGAACGCAAGGGUCAUCCUGCCUGGAAUGACGGCGUGUAUAGACUGCACACUGGAGCUGUACCCUCCUCAGAUUAAUUUCCCUAUGUGCACUAUUGCAUCAAUGCCACGGCUGCCUGAACACUGCAUCGAGUAUGUGAGGAUACUGCAGUGGCCCAAAGAAAAGCCAUUUGGAGAUGAUGUGGCUCUGGAUGGUGAUAACCCUGAACACAUUCAGUGGGUGUUUCAGAAGUCUCUGGAAAGAGCAGCUGAGUUCAGCAUCACUGGAGUUACCUAUAGACUCACUCAAGGAGUGGUUAAAAGAAUCAUCCCUGCUGUUGCCUCCACCAAUGCAGUCAUCGCUGCUGCUUGUGCUACAGAAGUUUUUAAGAUUGCUACAAGUGCUUAUAUUCCUUUGAAUAAUUAUCUGGUGUUCAAUGAUGUGGAUGGGUUGUAUACUUAUACCUUUGAGGCAGAGCGAAAGGAAAAUUGCUCAGCAUGUAGUCAAGUUCCUCAGAAACUACAGUUUCCACCCUCUGCUAAACUACAGGAAGUACUGGAGUAUUUGACAGAGAACUCCUCUCUACAAAUGAAAUCUCCAGCUAUCACUGCAACACUUGAAGGCAAAAAUAAAACGCUGUACUUACAGACUGUCGCCUCAAUUGAAGAAAGAACAAGGCCAAAUCUCUGCAAAACAUUGAAAGAGCUGGGAUUGGCUGAUGGACAGGAGUUAGCUGUGGCUGAUGUGACCACCCCUCAAACAGUCCUCUUCAAGCUGAACUUCACGUCCUGAACACAGCCCCGUAUAUCAGACCCUUCCUGAUAGAAUACUGCAGUGAAGCCUGUCUCUCUCCACAGUUUAUUGGCGUGACUGCCUCUCCUUCACAGAACUAACAUAUUAGCUGUAAUUAAUAUUUAAGUAUCUGUUUUAUUGUGUAAAUAAGGCUGAUUCUGGGUACACCUGUAAUGUUUAUGUUGUGUGCUUAUUCAGUCCCUCAGAAAAUCUCCUUUUGAAGUCUCGUCACUUCAAAGUGUGUUUGUCAUUUGAAGAUAAACUUCUGUUGUCAUUUCACCACCUACACAAGCCAUGAGCGUCUGAAGAAGUUGCUGGCACAGACAGUAUUCUGCACUGGUGGUACAGAUUUCUUUGAAAACUCACAAUGAUGCUUGGUGUUUUUAUCAGGAGCUGGUUUUGUUCAUCUCGUCAAAUGUACAUAUCACUGGUCAAUCAUAUGUGUGACAGUAAACAUGAUCUGUAAUUAAAAACACACAAAAACAGUA